AAAUUAAGGCGCUGCGCGCGUCGCGGCCAUUCCAGGCCAUCCCAGCCACCCUUCAGUCAUCAGCCGGAGCCGCAGUCAGAUUCAUUCGCUACCGUUAACUCUUUGAAACUGGACGUGGUGAGCGGCAGAACACGCGCUCGCGAAAAUAUCAUAAAUUCCAAAGUGAGCAACACAAAAAGAGAGAGAGAAAGAGAGAGCAGGCACACAGAGAAUGCCAAAAAGAGAUAGUUAGUGCCCGAAAGUGAUCGAAGGAAGGAAGAAGAAUAAGAAGAAGAAAGAUUAACGAAAAAACUUCGGAGAGUGCCAUCCGAGUGCCAAGUGCGAGUUGCCCCUCCGGUUAGCCCCCGAAUAGUUGUCCUAGUUGACCCUGCCCCGACCCGACCCUCGCAUGUGAGACCGGCCGGUCGCGAUCGAUCCAAUGAAAAUGGAAGAUCCCACAAUAGCCGACACGUACGUGCAGGAGUUCGAUCUGCACCAUCUGGAGGUGCCGGUUGCCGGCAGCAGCGCAAAUGCCAACGCGACAGUGGCCGCCGCCAUUGGGCACGUGAAGCGGGAGGAUCACAGUCCGCCACAGCCGGUGGCUGUCAAGUGGACCACUGUGCAUGGGGAGCCACCGGUUGCCGAGGAGGUGGUGCCGGAACCGCUGGCACUUGCUGCACCAGAGGCAGCCGUGGCCGUCGAGGAGGUGGCACCGUCGCCCCACAUCAAGCUUCGCUCCUUCUCGGGCCACCAGUGGCACAUAGAUGAGCGCCGGCUGCAGCCACUCUCGCCGCCACCGGAGCAGUACGGCCCAAUGCCCGGCCAGGCCAUACUGGUCAACACAUCCUCCUCGUCGGCAGCCGGAGUGCCAGGCGGCGUGCCCUCCACACCGCCGGAGACUCCGCCGGUGGUGGGUUCGCCGACGGGCAGCAGUAGCUGUAGGAAGGAGGCUGCGCCCGUGGUCAGCGCUGGACUGAGCCACGAAAUGAUGUGGCUGACCAACUCCAUACGUGCCGACCAGCAGCCACUCGAUCUGCGGCCGCUGCCCUAUCCCGGCUCCCAGGAGGAGGCCGAGGAGUGGGAUCGCCAGCGGGACUAUGCCCUGCAGGCGGCCGCCGCCGCUCACCACCAUCAUCAUGGACAGCCGCUGAUGCAGAGCCAACACCAUCCGCAUACCCAUCCGCAUCCGUAUCCGCACGGCCAUCCCCACGCGCACCCGCAUCCGCACCCCCACCAGGUUGUGCUUCAGCAGGCCAAGUAUCCGCAUCAUCACUUCCACAACCUCGACCUGGCUCCCAUCAACAUGCACUCGAGCCCGCACGCCCACUCCCACACGGCAUCGUAUGCGGCAGCCUCCGGCUCGGUCACGCCCAACUGCCUGCCCCAGGUGCCGGGCUCCAACAUCAGCAGCGGCAGCAGCAGCGUGGGCGGAGGCUGCGUGCUCACCCGAGCGGCCCUCCAGCCCUGCCGCCCCAUGUCGGCCAGCUCGACGAGAUCCUCGACCAACAUGUCGCCUCACACCUGCUCGGGAGCAUACAGCAAUGCCACGCUGGAGGACUGCAUCAAUGACGACAUGCUGACCACGCUCACAGUGCGGGAGCUGAACAAGCGGCUUCACGGCUGCCCUCGCGAGGAGGUGGUGCGCCUGAAGCAGAAGCGGCGGACCCUGAAGAACCGCGGCUACGCCCAGAACUGCCGCUCCAAGCGCCUGCACCAACGCCACGAACUGGAGAAGGCCAAUCGCUCGCUCAACCAGGACCUGCACCGCCUCAAGCACGAGUACUCGCGCGUCUGCCAGGAGCGAGACGCCCUCAUGCAGCGCCUCCAGCGGAUCGGUGCUGCAGGUGGAGGGGGUCCGGCUGCAGCUGGCGACAGCCAAAGCUCACCGGAGUUCUACCUAUGACGCCAACUGGCGGCAGCCACCACAUCCUCCGCAACAGCCUCGCAUCAGCAACGCGGCAACCAGUGGGCCGCCCAGCAGCUGGCUAACUGAGUGGCUGAAACCACUCCAAGAAAAAGGUGUUCCAAAAGGUAUUUUCCCCCCACCCCAGGGAGUGUUUCCCCGCCAACAAAAACCUAUUCCAAGUCUCUCUUUUUUUUAGGAUUGUGACAAUAAAUUCCGUUUAGAAUUCAGUUUGAGAUAUUUUAAAGCUAAAGUUAUAAAUAGGGAAAGAGAGAGAGAGAGAGAGAGAGAGAGCGAGAGAGUGGAUCAUGUUUGGAGGGAACUUUUGCUGAUUAUCAGCCUGAGACUAUAGGCAACAAAUUGAUUAAAAAACACAUUUGUAUAAAGAACAAACAUUGUAUAGAGGAAGCCACACGAAAAGCAAAAUCAAAUCAAAAUCGGAAAAG